GCGGCGAGGGCGCGCGCGGGCGGGCGGGGAGAGGCGGAGGCGGCGAGAGCGGCGGCCCGGAGGAAAUCGGAGGGGGAGGGAAAGAAAGGCCGAGACAGAAGGAGCGAGAGGCGGCCGAGGGGCUGGUCCAGGCGCGGCCGCUAAGAGGAGACCAAGAGGCGGGGGCUGCACUUGACAACCAGCAUGCCGAGAUGUCAGAAGAGGCAGAAGUGGAUGUGAGAGAAAGAGAGACACAGAGAGACAGAGAGCCAAAGAGGGCAAGAGACUUGACUUUAAGAGACUCCUGUACUGACAACUCCAUGCAGUUCGGAACCAGAGCGACUACGGCUGAACCAGGGUUCAUGGGGACAUGGCAAAACGCUGAGACUAACCUCUUAUUCAGAAUGUCCCAACAGGCCAUCCGCUGUACACUGGUAAACUGCACGUGUGAAUGUUUUCAGCCAGGGAAGAUUAACCUGAGGACUUGUGAUCAGUGUAAACAUGGCUGGGUGGCACAUGCCUUGGAUAAGCUCAGCACACAACACCUGUACCACCCCACCCAAGUGGAGAUCGUGCAGUCCAAUGUGGUGUUUGACAUCAGCAGCCUGAUGCUCUACGGGACGCAAGCGGUGCCCGUGCGGCUAAAGAUCCUGCUAGACCGUCUCUUCAGCGUCCUGAAGCAAGAGGAAGUACUGCACAUACUACACGGCCUGGGCUGGACUCUGCGGGACUAUGUCCGAGGAUAUAUCCUUCAGACCCAGGCAUGCAUACCCUCCUCUGGUGAAAAUGGUCAUUUCAGCAGGCUUGUCAGGGAAGUAGAAAUAAGGUGA